GGGCCGCGCGGAGGCAGAGCCGCGCGGCAAGGAAGGCGGAGGUGCGCGCCGGGAACAGACGCUCGGGACACCGCCGCCCGCCGCACACGUGCAGCCUCCGCCGCACGCAGGGCUCCUGCCUCGCAGCAUUGCUGCCUGCAGGCCAUACGGCACCAUGCACUCGCCGGGCUCCACCGGCCCCGGCGACGGGCGCGCGGCUGACAUCAUGGACAUUUGUGAGUCGAUCCUGGAGAGGAAGCGGCAUGACAGCGAAAGGUCCACAUGCAGCGUCCUGGAGCAGACGGACAUCGAAGCUGUGGAAGCUCUUGUCUGCAUGAGCUCUUGGGGUCAGAGGUCCCAGAUGAGACCCCUCACGCCUGUCUCUGACUCUGGUGACGUCACCACUGCUGUGCUUAUGGACACAGCUGCACCUGAUCUACCAAAGGACUUCCAUUCUUUUUCAACUCUGUGUAUAACUCCUCCUCAGAGCCCAGAGCUCACGGAGCCGUCAACAGGGACCCCUGUUCCUUCCCAAGUAGUUAACUCCAAAGGAUGCAUGGUCACUGCCCUCCCCCCAUCCCCUGCUGGGGGCCCCAGAACACUGAGCAAGAGGGAACCACUGGAGCCAGCCUCAGGGUCCUCCUGCAGGGCUGUGAUGACCAGUGUGAUCCGUCACACCGGGGAGAGUCCUGCUCCUACGCGCUUCCCAACUGGCCCCACUCAAGAGCAACGAGCAUCCGACAGCGGAGAAGGACAGGAGCGUUUGCUGGACCACCUCGAAGCCUUGCAGGACACACGCUUGGCAAAUGGCUUACUCGUCACUAACUUGGUUUCCUGUCAGCCUUGCUUGCACAAGUCCGGUGGUUCGUUCCCCACUGACAAAGGUCAACAGACAGGAUGGCCCGCUGCUGUUCAGACCUGCUUACCAAAGAAUCCUGAAAGUGACUUGUCAAGGAAAAUCACCCCUCUGAUUUCUGUCCCUGUAUCCAGUCCCCCUGUCCUUUGCCAGAUGAUCCCUGUGGCUGGACAGAAUGGCUUGUUCUCAGCCUUUUUGAAACCUCCUACCCAGUUGCCUGCAGGGACUAUCAAGCCCAUCCUACCCCAAGCUGCUUCAAUGUCUCAGCCUGUGUUCAUGGGCCCACCUGUGCCUCAGGGAACUGUGAUGCUGGUCUUGCCACAGAACACCUUCCCCCAGCCUGCUGCCUGUCCAUCCAGUGUCAUGGCCAUUGGAAAUACCAAGCUGUUGCCCCUUGCCCCUGCACCAGUGUUCCUUGCCUCCAGCCAGAACUGUGCCCCUCAGGUAGACUUUUCCCGAAGGAGGAACUAUGUUUGCAACUUCCCAGGAUGCCGGAAGACCUACUUCAAAAGUUCCCACCUUAAAGCUCAUCUUCGCACUCACACAGGGGAGAAGCCUUUUACCUGCAGCUGGGACGGCUGUGACAAGAAGUUCGCAAGGUCAGAUGAACUGUCUCGCCACCGCAGGACUCACACGGGAGAGAAGAAGUUUGUGUGUCCUGUGUGUGACCGGCGCUUCAUGCGGAGUGACCACCUGACAAAGCACGCUCGUCGCCACAUGACAACCAAGAAGAUCCCAGGCUGGCAGGCAGAGGUGGGCAAGCUGAACAGAAUCACUUUGGCAGAGAGCCCCGGGAGCAUCCUCGAACCCUUGCCGGCCUCUGGCUGAGGCAUCCUUCUGUGGCAUCCGUCACCUGUGGGCUUCUUCAAAAGCCUCUUCAGGAAUGGAACCUGUGUGUUCCUCUCCAAAAAUAAAUGUGGUCUCUGGGCUGUUGAAGUGGGGAGCUGGUUCUGAUGGAAGUAUAUUAAUUUUACUUUUCUGGUUGGGACCCUGUUUGAUAUCUUUUGUAGUUUUAGAACUCUGACUGUCUUUGUCUGUGUGUGUGUCUCUGUGUGUGUGUCUCUGUGUGUGUGUGUGUCUGUGUCUGUGUGUGUCUGUGUCUCUGUCGUGUCUCUGUCUCUCUCUCUCUUUUGUAAGGAAAUGGAAGAAAAUUUGCUCUAAAUCACCAGCAUUCAAACAAAUAUUUCUGCAAUAAAGUUUACAAAGUCUGGAUUUUUUUUUAUACCUUUCUAUUCAUGUUUUGUAGAAAUGUGACAGGGUACUAAUUUUUAUACUUUUUAUAAAAAUAUUUAUAUUGUGCUCAAAUCACCAGUUUGUGGAUAGAAAAUUUUACAGCCUUCUUUUCCAUGUUUUAUAACAAAGUUUUGUAAUAACCCUGCUUAAGAGUAAGCCUGGUAGUUAGUCAGAAAGAAGCAAAAAUAACAAGUUUGUUACCAGCCUUUUAUAGUCAAUAUUUUAGAUCAGAACUGGUUGAAUAAAGAACUCUUAAAGGGGAAAAAUAAACUUUGUAGUUAGCUUCUUUGUAUCAGUUUCAGGGGAAAUUCUAGCAAUCGAUCCUAUAGCCCACAGAACUAAGAUUGUGGUUAGGUAAAACUAAUCAUGUGAGUCUCGUGUCCCUGUGGAAGGUGUGCCCAGUCUGCCUGGGCUGCUGGCCAGCUGAGCAGGGGCAAAUAUGGAAUGUGGACUCCUGGGCCAUCUGUCUGCUAAGAGCAAAUGACCCCAUGUCCUGUCUGUGUUAAGCACCAACACUAAGAAUGUAGACGCAGAAACUCUGUAUGUUACCUGUUGGCUUCUGUUGUGGUUUUGUACUGCGUGCUAGAUUGAAUGACCACAGGGAAAAGGAAAUGUCUGUACUGGUUGGUUAAACUCUCCGCCAGAGUGCAGCUUCCACAAAGCAAGGCCUUUGUGCACAUUCGGCUCUGGGGUUCGGAUGCCUCUCUGACUAUGGACAAAACACUGAGAAACAUAUCAUUAAAUGGCAGUGGCUGUCACCCAACUGCUUUUUCAAUCAUUGUGUGUGAAGGAAAUUAGUUUGCUCAAACAAGAAGACUUGGAAUGGGUAUAUUGUAGCUUUCCUGAAAACAGAUUUCAGGCACUGCUUUUACGCCUCGUGAGCGGGUGUUCUGCAUCCAGGUGAUCACAAAAACAGAAUGGUUUUAGAUAAAUUCUGGGAAGCUCAGGCAGUACAGCAAGUGUGAUAACAGGUAUAUUGUGCUGUUUGGGCAGCCUGAGACUAUUUUUGUGUGGUAUGUAUUAGGUUUUGUAUUUGCCUUUUAAUCAUUGGUAUUUAACUUUAUUAAAUGAUGGCAAGGUUGAAAUAAUUAAACGUAAAAUGAGGCUUUUGUGUUCAGGUCUUUUGAGCCUUAUAUAACCGUUAUGUGGUCAUACCUUGUAUGUUACUUGACCCCUGUUAAGCUGCUGUGGUAGCCGAGUUCUGUAUGUACAUGUGUUUAGGAACUGCCCAGACAGCAGUCUUGCUAAUGUCUUUCAACAUAAUGGAGUGCAGGAAAACUAACUGUAUAUAGCUCACGUGUGUCCCAGCACCCUGGUCCUGUCCACCUGUUUUAAGUCAGCAUCCACACUGGCGACCGUGUAAGUGAUAAAUGGCAUCCAACUUGGAUGUCUUUUUUCAUUGUGACAUGCAGAGUGCUGUUCCUUGUCCUGGCAUUUCUGUGGGUAGCGGAAGGCCUUGGGGUGUUUGGUUGCUCAUCACAGGACUUUAUCUGACCAGUGUUGUUUCUAAAUGACUGGUGUGUUGCAAUGCCAUUAGGUUUCCAUUUCCCAAUUAGAUUUAGAAACCCCUUUUCUGAAAGAGCCCCCAACAUUUGUCUACUGAAAGACUAAGUUGGAAAACAGUUCCUAUCUGAAAAGGACCCCUGAGCCCCAGAGCCCCGGGAGUGGCUGCUCCCUUGAGGGCCCUCCCCAAAUCCCCACGGCGUGGUGGUGACCCCAGUGCACUUUAUCGCUUGAGAAGUUCUUGAUUUUUUUUUAAUUAUUUUGUUGAGCCUUUCAGUAGUUUUAGUAAUAAAAGUUUAAAUGUUAACAACUUUUGUUUUAUGUAAAAGACUUUGACUUAUUUAAAUGAACAUGUGUAAUGUAACUUUUUUUUUCUUUGAAUCGUAUAAAAUUCUCUUGGUUCGCAGACAA